AUGUUCGAUGACCCCAACAGAGAGCCCAUUGGCAUAGCAGAGAUGAUGAACGCUGUACACAACUCUCAGACGGAAGACGACCGCACAACCUUCUCGCGUUUUCUACACUUCCUAGGUGGCCAAGUCAAGUCGACGUCGAGCGACAACCAGCCACAAACGUAUCUUGGUGUGGAUGCGUUGCCAGUUACAAUCAAGGAUCUGAAGUUCCUUACAGCGGCUGUGACGGAAUUCGAUUGGGAUGAAGACUCUUGGAACUGUAGCCCAUAUGAGGUAUGGAGGGCUUUCCGGGCCGAGCGAGGCAUUGGCAGGGAAGAGGUACCAAUUACCAAUGCCGACACCAAGAGAUAUACUCUCCGAAGCUUGAAGGAUGCCUAUCGAGAUAUUGCCCGGCAAAUAAGAGCGUCCCGGGACGGCGCUUCUCGAAUUGAGGCACCUCAUCGAAGCCUGUUUGACAAGGACCGAGAGAAUACAGCUCAUGAAGAGGAAGAAGACAUCCGGAUUGACAACAUACCAUUGCCUCCAGCUGAGGAUACCAUGGAGACGAUGACUGGCAAUGUAUCCGAUAUGCAAACAGAACGUACGCCUUUUCACCCACGGCGAGGGGGGAGAGAGCCCCGUCGUAAAGCUCUUGUCGAUAGAGAGGAGACAGAAGAUGAGGAGGAAGACCUACGAAGGAACCUGCAUUGUGGAGAUGAGUCAAACGACACGCAUAUUAUGCAGGGAACGAUCGGCAAUGGUACGAUGUCUGGACUGUCAUUUGAAUCACCGUUUACCCUACCUACAGUCCCAACAUCUCUCAGACGGCCGAACGCUCGGCUGGUGCCGCUGACGCCCGUGGGCCCUGGAGAGAACUUGACUCAGCGUCUCCAGGAGGAACGACUCGAGAACCGCGUCAAAUACUCAGAGGCAAGCAUCAAGAAGCUCCUGGAUACGCAAAAUUGUCACAGCGAAGCCAUCCGCAAUCUUCAACGUCAUGCCGGGUUACAGAUUCUGCCGCCACAUCAAUCUGAACGAGUCAAUGGCCCCGCACCGACUCAACGAAUUGGGGUCUUGGAGACGCAGAAUGAAACCCUCGUUCAACAGAACCAGGCUCUUCGAGAACGGAUCCAUCAGAUGGCCAACCAUGCAGAUCAACAUCGGGCGGAAUGGUCCCGAAAGGUCAAUGCCUUGGAGCUUGAAAAUUCGACUCUGGAGGCGACCCUGUCUCAAAAAGAAGAGGAUCUCCGGGCUGAGAUGGCGAGAGUCUCGAAUCAACAGGUUGAGUGGUCCCAGAAGACCAGAUCACUCGAGCAGGAGAAUUCGACUCUCCUGGGGAUUGUUUCUGGAAAGGACGAGGUCCUUGCACUACAAAGCGAGAAGGUCAGAAGCCUGGAAGCGCAAUUGAACACAAUGAAGGCCAGUCAGCAGGAGGCUGCAUCCUCGACUGAAGAGACCGUUCAGUCAUCCAAUCACCGUAUUCCCUCAAAUGACCACGCCCUGCUUGGAAGUCAAAGCGUCGGGCUUCCUGUCCAGAUGGAGUCUCCUGACCACUUCAAACAAGAGACUGAUGUUACUUCGCAGAGCGAUGAGUUCGCAUCAUUGAGAGGCCAGAUCCCCUCUCUUGAAGGAGAUGUCGGCUCUCCCAGACGUGAAGAACAAGCAGAGACUUUUGCACCAGCAUUUCUUGGGGUGAAUGAUGAUUACCUUGGUUGGUAUAAUGCAAGUUGA